AUGGCAGAUUCAUCCAGUGAGUCAGAUAACUUUCUUAGGGGUCGAAUGGGAAGGCGGCCACCUUUGAGAGCAUCCCACAACAGAGCUCGGAACUAUGGUGCUGAAGAAGUUACAGAGAAGAUCCAUACUUUAGCAAGCACUUUACAGGAUACCAACAGAAAUCUAAGACAUGUUGACCACUUGCUAGGACAAUACAGAGAAUACAACAAGGAACAAACCGAAGCAAUAGCAACUUUAAAAGAAACACUGGAACAGUCUAUAGGUCAAUUAAGGAGUCAACGAUUAACCCAAAACUCUGGAAUGAGAAGUGCUUCUCUCUCGAGCUUAUACCCUAGUGAUCUGGAUGGAGAAGGAGUGUCAGGGUACCGCCACUUCCUGCCUACUUCUCCUCUCAGGGAUUAUGGAGACUCACAGGGCAAUAAACAUCGGAGGUCUAGAUCUGCAAGUGUUCGAUUUGUCAAUGAGGCAGAUAAUUUGGACCAGCUGCAUUCUUUCCACCAGUCUCUUCGAGAUCUCAGCAGUGAACAAGUUCGCCUAGGAGAUGACAUCAGUCGGGAGCUUUCAAGAAGAAAUCGGACUGAUGCUGAAUUAAGAAAGACUCUAGAAGAAUUGUCUGAAAAGCUCACUGAGUCCCAAAGACAAGAAACGGUAUCAGAACGGGUAGAGAGAAGACUUCAGGAGAUAGAACAAGAAAUGCGUACUGAAAGACAACUUGUAGAAAGGCGGCAGGACCAACUGGGACAUAUGUCUCUUCAAUUACAAGAGGCUUUAAGGAAGCAAGAUGCUAAAGCAGAUGGAACAGAAGAACUCAUGAAAAAUAAACUUGGGAAAUAUGAAAGUGAAAAGAACCAACUUGAGCAGGAAUUGGAGCAGUCCCGGAAAAAGCUGAAUGAAUCAGAAGGCAGUAGAGAAGCUCUUUUGCAUCAGAUUGAGGAUCUUCGUUCCAAACUUUUGAGAGCAGAAGAAGACCGUGUAGAGUUGCAACAUCAAAUUUCACAUGUUGCUAUGCACCGCCAGAGCUACCAAGAUAUACAAGAUGAUGACAGGAGAAUUGGAACAGUAGCUGAAAGAUAUGAGAGAGAGAAGCAAGAACUGGAGAAACAUAUUUUAGAGCUUAAAGCAAAGCUGAGUCAUAAUGCUGUAAUGUCAGAUGUAGAAGAACUAAAAAGAUGCAUAGAGCGUAAGGACAAGGAGAAAGCACAGCUUGUAAUGCACAUACAGGUGUUAACAUCGGACCUGGAAAACAGGGAGAAGCAGCAGGAAAAAAUGCUGGACCAGCUAAAGGAGAUAGAGAGUUGCUACAAGGCUUGUGAGAAUGGACGUAGACAAACUGAACUCCAGUCUGCUGAGUUAGCUCAACAGGUUGAAGAGAGUACCAAGGAAGCAGAACGGUACCUCACUGAAUUCAAGCAUUCAGAGGCACUUAGGCUGGAGACUGAGAAAAAAAGAGAAGAUUUGAAGGUGAGAGCGCAGGAAACCAUCCGCCAAUGGAAGCUGAAAUGUAAGAAACUGGAUCGCGAGGUGGAAAAACAAAAUGAAACUAUCAACCAACUGAUGGACAAGAACAGUGAGGCCCUCAAAGAAAAGGAUGACCUCAGAAGUCAACUUCUCUCUGCUAUACACCAAAUAGAAAACCUUCGGAAAGAGCUGAAUGAUGUGCUUACAAAGAGAGCCCAGCAGGAAGAACUCCUCCGCUGCAAAGAGGUAAAACUGAAUGAAAUGAAGUCUCACCAGGUAUCUCUUGAAGAAGAGAUCAAAGAAGUUCAAGGUACUGUCAAUAAAUUGGAGAAUGAGUUAAAAAAGCAAGUCUUUCUACAAAAUCAAAUGCAAGCUGAAAAGGAACACUUGGAGGCAGAACUUGCAUCCAGUAACUUGAUCCAUAAAAAAGACCAAGAAAGACUCUUAGAAAUGCAAGCAGAUGUAAAAAACUUAAGCUCUAUACGUGUUGAACUAACAAACAGAAUAGCAGAAGAGGAGAAAGUCAAAAAGGAAUUACAUAAGAGCCUCUCAGAUUAGGAAUCUAAGCAUGAAGAGAUGACUUCAGCUAACAGGCAGCUGAAGAUGGAAAGAGAAGUUCACCAACAGGAGUUGGCAGAUCUCAGAUCAGAGUUACAAAAUGUUAAAAUCAAACAUGAACGAAAUGUUCAAGAGCUCAUGAAACUCCUUAAACAAGAAAAGGAUGAUGCAGAGGCUCAGAUUAGAGUGCUUAAGAUGGAACUUGUAGAAGAGAAAAACAUAGUCAAGGCUCAAUGUCGACAACUGGAGAAGAUAAAAAUUGAGUGUGAUAAACUGACAGAAGAAUUAACCCAAAAUGAAGAAGAAAAUAUAAAACUCAGGCGGAAAUGUGAGUUUGUAAAACAAGAACUGGAGAAAAAGGAUAAACAGAUCAGCAAUGAAGAUGAUCAUUUGAGAAGGAUGGAUGAGGCCAGACUGCAGUUUAAGGAUCAGCUGCGUCACUUAGAAAUGGAACAGGAAUCCAUUCUCACCAUGAUAGGAAGUGAAAUUGAUGCUGCUUGUGAAAUUUUUUCUCGGGACUCCAUGGAGAAAUUCAAAGCAAUAACACUUACACCAAUGGUGCUGAAUGAUCCUCAUCGCUGGUUAGCAGAAACAAAGACUAAGCUUCAGUGGCUGUGCGAGGAGGUAAAGGAGAGAGAAAGUAAGGAAAAAAAGCUGCGAUGCUACUUACUGCAGAGCCGAGAACAGCUCAAGCACCUUACGCAGAUGAAGGAGGCUGAACAUCAGUCUCUCUUUAAACAGAUAAAAAAGCAAGAAAAACUUUUGGAAGAAGUUCACAGGGAAAAAAGAGGUAUGUUGCUG